AUUAGUGUAAGUAAUUAAAUGAUUGAAAAUAACCUAGUUAGAUGACUGUCCUCUAAACAGUCAGUUGUAUAUGGUUGUAUUCAAAUAAGUUGCUAAAUAUGCCUAUUUUCAAAGAUGAAUCCCCUCCAAUACCAACAGUUGGGGAAGUAGCAGAUAGUUUCUUAUUGAAAAGAAGAAGUCAAACCAAAGAACAAAUUUUAUCAUCAACAUAUCAUCGUUAUGAUAGUUAUGAUAAUGUGGCCCUGGAUAAUAUUGAUGAAAACUCUGUACCCAAAUUCAUACCAAAAAACAAUUUGACUAGGCUUACUAACAUGUCUAGGGACAACAUGAUAUGUUCCAAGUGUGGAGAAGGUUUUGAACCCCAAGAAAAAAUCGUCAACUCUACUGGACAGUUAUGGCAUCAACAAUGUUUUGUGUGUGCCCAGUGUUUCAGAGAAUUCAGAGAUGGAGUCUUCUAUGAAUUUGAUGGCAGAAAAUACUGUGAACAUGACUUCCAAGUCCUCUUUGCUCCUUGCUGCAAUAAAUGUGGGGAAUUCAUCAUUGGAAGGGUUAUCAAGGCGAUGAAUGCCAGUUGGCACCCGAAUUGCUUCAGAUGCGAGAUGUGUUCCGAGGAGCUGGCCGAUACGGGAUUUAUCAAGAAUGGCGGUCGAGCUCUGUGCCAUGAAUGUAAUGCCAAGGUCAAGGCACGUGGUUUGGGGAAAUACAUCUGUCAUAAGUGCCACGCCAUGAUCGACGACCAGCCCCUGAAAUUCCGCGGCGAGGUGUACCACCCGUACCACUUCAACUGCACCACGUGCGGCGUCGAAUUGGACAGCAACGCCAGAGAGGUGCGCAACCGGUCGGGCUUCGCCAAGAACGACAUGAACGAGCUGUAUUGCUUGCGGUGCCACGACAAGAUGGGCGUGCCCAUAUGCGGCGCGUGCAGGCGGCCGAUCGAGGAGAGGGUGGUGACGGCGCUCGGGAAACAUUGGCACGUCGAGCAUUUUGCAUGUGCCAAAUGUGAGAAACCUUUCUUUGGCCAUCGCCACUACGAGAAAAAGGGCUUGGCUUACUGUGAAACCCAUUACCACCAAUUAUUUGGUAAUCUCUGUUUUGUAUGCAAUCAGGUUAUCAAUGGAGAUGUUUUUACUGCUCUGAACAAGGCAUGGUGCGUGCACCAUUUCGCCUGUUCCAUUUGCGACCAGAAAAUGAACCAGAAAACGAAAUUCUACGAGUGCGACCUGAAACCCGCGUGCAAGAAAUGCUACGAGAAGUUCCCCACUGAGUUCCGCAGACGUUUGCGGAGGCAGCACGAGGCUUCUCACAAGAAAGCUACCACUCCUGUCCCAUCUUAGACGAAUUUUGAUCAUGGGAUUCCAAGAUAAACGCUGAUAAGUCAUUUUUCAUCAAGGUAUAUGAUAUGGGUAUAUUGAAUCUAAACUGAUCAACAAAAUAAAACUCAUAGUCCAAAAUAUACGAUUUCAAAAUCAAAUUACUCACAGCCCAUAACUAAUUUUAAUUCAGUUUUCACAGUUGGCUAGCCCAAUCUUUCAGUUACUCGCCAGAGCAAUAUGAGACUGAAAAUAUUUUGACAUCAAGUUUUUUUUUCAUCAAUAAUUCUUGAACAAAAAUUAAUCAAGUUUAGGGACUUAUACCUCAAAAUAUUUAGUUUACCAAUAUUUUCUCCACAUAAUAUCAAUGUUUUGAAUGUUUUUUCUCAACUAAUCAAAACUUUUUUAAUUGCUAAAAAACCAAAACAGUUGAUAACCAAUAAUAUUUAUUGAAUUGAUAAUUUUUCAUAAUGUUUACACCAAUUCACAUUAAUUUAUCUAGUUUCCACAUGAAACAUUAUUUAUAUGAAAAGUUUGAGAAUUAUGACAGUAAUUGUUAUUAUAGUUUGUAUAUUUUUUUACUAAUAGACAUGCUUAUUUUAUCUAUCUACUCAAGAAUUUUUUUAUAGCAACACCUUGAAACAUAAUAAUAUGUACUAUUUUUUUUUCAAAUUGUCCAGGGAGUUAGAUUGAAAGACAUCAUUAAUUAUUUUUUCCAUCAUGAUUACUUCUAUUUUCACUCAAUAUUCAGUAUAUAUUGAAGUUUGAACAAAAAAUCCAAUAUCUACCUUCCCUUCCUAUUCACUGCUGUCCCCAGGUUCUAUUAACAUAAUAAGGAUUUCCUGUAGUCCGAUUC